GUAGGUAUUUUCUAACGCAGCACUGGCAAAAAUCCGUUUACCUUUCAGACUUCAAAUUUAUGCUAUUUAGUGAAUAUGCAUUAAUAUUUAUAACGAUUUAUUUGUAACUCACAGUAUACUAAGUACAUUAUGCAGCCAGAGGUUUUAAACGUCCAUGUUUAGUUGGGUUCGACUUUUAUUUUGACGUGUGACCGGAAAUAAUCCGUUGAUUUCGUGUAAACGCGUGUCGGUAGACUCGUGUGCGUUAUUUUUUUAAACCCCGGCUGUAGUUCUGAUCUUGUCAAGCCUUUCAUUGUUUUAUUCAGAGUGUAGUGCUAUUGUUGCAAAUCCACACAUUUAACUCACCCGAGUCAUUUUUUGUUCCAAGGACCUGAGAACAGCAUGGUUCGAGCAAGGAGGGCUGUGCGAAGGCCAAGGCCAAGGCCAAAGACAGAAACCCACGACAGUGAUGAUCCCGCCUGCUUUAAGGAUGAAGACGUUCCGGACAAGAAUUCAACAAAGUAUGUGGAGGAUGAAAUAGAUGAAUUUCACAGCAAAAAAAUCUCGGCUCUCUUGUCUCAUGGAGUUAACAUGGAGAGUGAAGACAUGGACCAAGACAGUGAGGAAGAGAUAAUGCCCCUGACACUUGAAGAUUCUGAUGAUGAGGACGAGGAAGACAGGCAUGGCAGUGAUGAACACGAGGAGACCGAUAUGGAGAGUGACCUCGAAGGAAAAGGAGAUGAUGAUCUUCCAAAUGACAUGGCCUGGGGGAGCAAGAAGAGAAUGUUUUACGAUUCUGAUUAUACGUCUCGAAAGGGUAAGUCUCUGGAGUAUGUUGAGGCAGAGGACGAGGAAGAAGAGGAGGAAGCCAAGAACAUUCAGACACGUUUGGUCGGCAGCCUGAGUGAGGAAGAUUACGAUCUAAACUUGCUCCAGGAGUUUGCCGUGGAGACUGAAACUGAGAAGACCGAAGGAGAGGAGCAGAGGAUUGUGAAGGACUUGAAGACGAUGUCCCAGAAACAGAAACUUAGCCUGCUGAAGAAAGAGUCCCCAGAACUGCUGGAACUCAUUAAAGACUUCAAGGCUAAGCUGACAGAACUGAGAGACGAGAUUCAGCCGCUUGUACAGAUGGUAAAAGAUGGCCAGAUUCCACCAGGAAAGGGGGCGAAUUACCUUGCCAUGAAGCAGCAGCUUUACCUGAACUACUGCACAAACAUAAGUUUUUACUUGGUUUUAAAAGCCAAACGCAUUCCAGCACACAACCAUCCAGUGAUUGAGAGACUGGUGACCUUCAGAAAUUUAAUAAACGAACUAGGAGCUGUUGAUGCCAAACUUGCUCCUCAACUGUGCCAGCUGCUCUCUAGUGACCAGCGAGAGCAAGCGGUGAAGAGGUUAACCAGCAGUGAAUCGCUCAACAAGAGCCAGGAAUCCGAGACGGGAGACGCGGAGGGGUCGGACGAGGACGAGGAAGCAGCACUGCUGCUCUACAGGGGCGUCGAGGAGAUGCUGAGGCUGAAGAGGAAGGCCAAUGAUCCGGACAGGCCGGUGAUGGAGGGCGAGGAGGAAGAGGCAGCAGAGGAAGAUGGAGAUGCUAAAAGAGGCAUUACCUACCAGGUAAAGGGAAGCAGCUUGCAGAAGGGAUUAAGUCUUUUAAGGCCUUUUUAUAUACAACAGAACUUUCAAAUAUUUGAGUGUUUUAUGGGUGGUGGUUGGGGUAAGACAUUUGUCACUGUGUGUUCUAAGGUUCUGGCUGUUAAUUUAAUUGUGAAAUGUAUUAGGGUAAACUAUGGGCUAUAUUUUGGCCUUGUGUUCCCGCAUUUAAUAAUAGAAAUAGGUUUGUAUGUUUAAACUCUAAAGGAAAACUCAAAUUAACAAAUAGACCGUCAAAUUGAUUAGCCUCCCUUUUUAAUUAAAAACACUCAUGUCCACAUCCUGGGCCAGAACAUCAGAUUCCUUUUGCUUCAUACUGUUGACUUUUCUUAAGCAGCAAUAGUAAGUUUGACUAUUUACUUUCACACAUCGAUUAAACACUUAUCUUCUUCCUUGUAAAGAUGGCCAAGAACAAAGGACUCACUCCAAAGAGGAAAAAGAUUGACCGUAAUCCCAGAGUCAAGCACAGAGAAAAGUACAGGCGGGCCAAGAUCC